AUGAUGAAGGAGUCCACCGCAGGGGGGGCUAGCUCCCUGCCGGAACAACCCAAGUACAUCCUUGGGCUGGAAGGGAGUGCGAACAAACUGGGGGUGAGCAUAAUAAAUAGCGACUUUCAAAUUCUGGUAAACAUGAGAAGAACGUAUGUCUCUGAAAUAGGCUGCGGAUUUAUCCCGAGGCAAAUUAACGCACACCACAAGUACUAUAUUAUCGAUAUGAUAAAAGACUGUCUGAACAAAUUGAAGAUAAAAAUGACGGACAUACAUUUAAUAUGCUACACGAAAGGACCAGGAAUUGGCUCCGCCCUCUACAUUGCCUACAACAUAAGCAAAUUUUUUUCCCUCCUGUUUAACAUUCCUGUGAUUGGAGUUAAUCACUGUAUUGCACACAUUGAAAUGGGUAUUUUCAUAACCAAGCUUUAUCACCCCAUUAUUUUAUACGUCAGUGGAAGCAACACACAGAUCAUCUACUUCAACAAUCACAAGAAGAGGUACGAAAUAAUUGGAGAGACUUUGGACAUAGCCAUUGGAAAUGUCAUCGACAGUGGGGACCCUCAUGGAGGUCAUGUUCCAGAAGGGCAAGAGAAGGACACUGCUCCCCAGGCGCACAACACGACAAAUGAUCCAAACGUUACAAGUACGUCGAAUAGGCCGAAUAGGCAGAAUAAGCAAAUGAGAACAGACCAGUGUGACUACACCGAACUGCUCUUCUUCCCCUACACCAUAAAAGGGAUGGACAUCUCCUUUAGCGGGUACGACUACUACGUGAGUAAGUAUUUCUCCAAGUAUAUAAGCAAGCGAGGCAAAAAGGGGAAGAGCAGCGAUGGGGGGGAGGCUCCACUGGGUGAUGAAAACGCCCCCAAAAGGAAGAAGGGGCAAGACAAGGAAGAAGCGAACCAGGGGGAAAAAGAAAAUGAUAACGAUGAGGAUGAGGAUGAUGAUGAUAAGGACGAUAAGAACGAUGACGACUUAACGGGAAACGCGCAACACUUUCCUCAGCCCAACUUGAGCAUCCACGCAGGCGUGCAGGGCAGCUCCUACUACGAAGAGAAUGUCAUCUGCAGCAUCGGCGGGAAGAAGAACUACGGGGAGGGCGAGCACUACGCGGAGGAGGAAGACGGUGCCAUCGAGACGGAGAGCGAUUUUUUCGACUCCAGUUCGGGGGAAGACGCAGUGGGGAGUGACAAGGAGGGAGGAAACCUUUGCAACGCCCCGAUCGAAGGGCAACCAAACAACGGAGCCAACGUCACCGAUGAAGAGAAGCGGAAAAUACAAAUCUGCUACAGUCUCCAACACCACAUAUUCAGCAUGCUCAUCGAAAUAACCGAACGAGCUAUAGCCUUCACGAACAGCAAGGAGGUGAUCAUCGUGGGGGGAGUUGGCUGCAACGUUUUUCUACAAAACAUGAUGAAGAAAAUGGCAAAACAGAAAAAUAUCAAAAUUGGCUUUAUGGACCACAGCUACUGUGUGGACAACGGGGCCAUGAUUGCCUACACGGGGUAUCUUGAAUUUUUGCACACCAAAAAUAGGGAUGUCUACAAUUUUGAUAAUAUAAGUAUCCACCAGAGGUACCGGACAGACGAUGUGCUCGUCACGUGGAGGUAG